CAUUAUAGAAGAAGAAAACGAAUCACGGAGAGAUGACGGUUAUUAAUAUUAUCUUCAGAGUUGAAGAGAUUUGCAAGAAGUACGACAAGUACGACGUCGACAAGCAGCGCGAGCUCGGCGCGUCCGGCGACGAUGCCUUCUCCCGACUCUUCAACUCCAUUGAUACCGAUAUUGAAUCGGUUGUACAUAAAGCGGAGUUGGCAUCAACAGAGACCAAUAGAGCUGCAGCUGUGGCCUUGAAUGCUGAGGUUCGAAGGACGAAAGCGCGUUUAGCUGAAGAUGUUGUUAAACUGCAGAAACUGGCCGUUAAAAAGGUGAAAGGGCUAACAAAAGAGGAACGAGAGUCCCGAUGUGAUCUAGUUAUCGCGCUAGCCGAUAGGAUUCAAGUGAUACCUGACGGACAUGAAAGACAAGCUAAUAAUGAAUGGGGAGGUGCUUCUGCCCCUAACAAGAACAUCAAGUUUGAUAUAUCUGAGGAAGACAUGGAUGAUGAGUUCUUCCAGCAAACUGAAGAAUCCAGCCAGUUUCGACAAGAAUAUGAAAUGAGAAGAAAGAAGCAGGACGAGGGCCUUGAUGUUAUCUCAGAAGGUUUGGACGCACUGAAGAACUUAGCACGUGACAUGAACGAGGAACUUGACAAGCAAGUCCCAUUGAUGGAUGAAAUGGAAACAAAGGUUGAUGGAGCAACUUCGGAUUUGAAGAACACCAAUGUUCGGCUCAAGCAACAGCUUGUAAAGAUGAGAUCGAGCCGCAACUUCUGCAUCGACAUUAUUCUUCUCUGUGUGGUCCUUGGAAUCAUCUCUUACAUCUAUAAGUAACCCAAUUGCUCUGAACUAAAGUUGGUGACGGCAUCAACCGACAUUCUCAUUGCCAUUGUGAAGCCUAUGGUAACUUCUUAACCAAAGUAAUAAUAGUCAUUUCUUGGAGAGCAAGGAAACAUGUUUUUUUUCACAAGCUUUUACCAUAUGUAUACAGUUUUAAGGAAUUAUUCUUGGCAAAAAAUAAAUAUAUAUUUACACAAGUUCGCUGCUGUAAUUGUGUUUGUUUUGUUGGGCGAUUUAUUUUUGUUGAAUCAGAAUGUUUUAGCGUUUCCAUGUG